AUGUCCGCCUCUACCUCCACCUCCACACCGUCCGAAUUCGUGACAUUAGUCUCGAGCGACGGAUUCGAGUUUGUGCUUCCGCGCAGUACGGCCUGCGUGUCGGGGACGAUACGACGGAUGUUGGAGCCUUCGAGCAACUUCUCUGAAGCCAUCACGGGCCGUUGUGUGCUGGAGAAUAUCAGCGGCAUCGUCCUUGAGAAAGUUUGCGAAUACUUCUGCUACAAUGAAAAGAACAAGGACCAGAGCAACGUGCCCGACAUGGACAUUCCUCCCGAGCUGUGCUUGGAGCUUCUGAUGGCUGCAGAUUAUUUGGAUAUGUUUAUAUUGGCGCCAGCAGGCACCCGCAGUCAUGGCUGGGAAUUGGGAUUGGGAUUACGGAUUUACGGUGUUCGACAAAUAGGAACGGUUGGUAUCAAAGGGUAUAUUCUUCAGGAACGAAGAAACAAGGUUCAUUUACAAGGCUCACAAAGUGAGCCCCCACAUUGCUGA